UUUGUGCUACUUUUCCAUUUUUGAGAGUGCUAUUCAAAGAAAAUUUAAUCUGUGUUCAUAUAAAGCCACUCGAUCUCUGUGCUUUCUUCCAUACUCCUUAUCCAACAACCUUGUCUUGUUCUAUCGUUUCUCGAGAACGAAAAUCAAAGGAAACGAGAUCGAAAGAGGGCGCACUCAUUCCCCGAAAAGAUGCAAGACCCAGUUGCAAUCAUAGUUGGAGCUGGUCCCUCUGGCUUAGCCACCUCUGCCUGCCUAAACCAGCAUUCAAUCCCUCACAUACUCCUUGAAAGAGAAGAUUGCUAUGCUUCUCUUUGGAAAAAAUACUCGUAUGAUCGUCUACGCCUUCACUUGAGAAAACAGUUCUGCGAGCUACCUCGCAUGUCAUUUCCUGACUCAUACCCCACGUAUGUCCCAAAAGAUCAGUUCUUACAAUACUUAGAUGACUAUGUUUCCCACUUCAAGAUCAGUCCCAUGUACCAGAGAAGUGUUGAGUUUGCGAGUUUCGAUGAAGAAGCCAAGAAAUGGAAUGUUAAGGCUAGAAAUGUGAGUUCUGGGGAGAUUGAGGAAUACUCUGCGAGGUUUUUGGUGGUGGCUAGUGGAGAAACGAGCAAUCCUUUUAUACCAGAGUUCGAAGGAUUGAACACUUUCACUGGAGAGGUUCUUCACUCUACUGAAUUCAAAAAUGGAAAGACUUACUGUGAUAAGAAUGUUUUGGUUGUUGGGUCUGGUAAUUCUGGCAUGGAAAUUGCAUUAGACCUCGCAAACCAUGGUGCAAGAACAUCAAUCGCCAUCCGUAGUCCGAUUCACAUUCUAUCGAGGGAGAUGGUAUACUUGGGAUUGAAUAUGUUGAAGUAUUUUUCAUGUGGCAUGGUGGACAAAGUUAUGGUGAUGCUUAGCAAACUUGUUUAUGGAGACUUAAGCAAGCAUGGGAUAAAGAGACCAAAAGAGGGGCCGUUUUUCAUGAAAGUUGCUUACGGGAAGUAUCCAGUUUUCGAUGUCGGUACCUGCAACAAAAUCAAGUCCGGAGAGAUCCAGGUCUUGCCCGCACUAGAAAGCAUAAGAGGCAAUGAGGUGGUAUUUGAAAAUGGCAAGUCACACCCCUUUGACACCAUUGUUUUUUGUACUGGCUUCGAGAGAUCAACUAAUAAGUGGCUCAAGGGGGAUGAUUACCUUUUGAAUGAAGAUGGGAUUCCAAAGCCAGGUUACCCUAACCAUUGGAAGGGGAAGGACGGUUUGUAUUGCAUUGGAUUAUCAAGGAGAGGUUUGUAUGGAGCUAGCGCGGAUGCACAGAAUGUAGUCAACGAUAUCAAGGCACUCAUUUAGAUGGCUUUUGGUUAAUGCCCUGAAUUAAAAAGAUGGAAAUAAUAAUUAAAAAAAAAAGAGAAAGUUGAAGAGAGACAUGAUUGUGUUUGAUAAUAGUGUAUAAAAGAGAGUGAUUAUCUUUUUAUUAUAUUAUAUUUAAUUGAUAGUAAAUAAGACUAUAAAAUGUAAAAUGUAUUAUUCUUAAACUUAUAUAUUUUAAAAAAAAUUAAAUAUUAUUAUUUUUUUCCUUAGUUUUUAAUUUAAUAAUAGUAUAAUAACCAGUGUUUUAAAACCCGGCCCGGCUCGGCGGGUCGACCCGGGAUCCGGCUGACCCGGUGCCGGAACCGGGCCGGGUUGAUGAAAAGACCCGUUAGGGAAUUGACCUGGCAAAACCCGGUCGACCCGGUGGUUCGACCCGGGACCCGGUUGACCCGGUAGUUCGACCCGGGACCCGGUUGACCCGGGUAAACCCAGCUGAGACCUGGCUGCUGUUUUAUAUAGAUAUAUAUAUGUUCAACGACGUCGUUUUUAGCUUUAGCUUUUUAAUAAGCCUUAUUAAUUUUUGGCAAGCCUUCUGCCUCUCUCCCUCUCCCUCUCUCUCUCGCACUCUCCCACAAUCUCACUUAGUUAGCCAAGACUGCAAAAAUGGGAAGAAACAAUUUCUCGAUCUUAAGUCUUAACAAUUCUAUCUGUCACACUCCUUCCCAUUCUCUCCCUCUCUUUCUCCACAUAUUCCCCAACAGAUCAUCGCUUCUUAGUCCUCCUCAACGACUUGUCACUCAAAUCUUCUCACUCAAUCUUCUUCAAUUCUCUCAAAUCUCGUGGUUUCGAUCUUGAUUUCAAGCUUGCUGAUGACCCAAACUCGCCCUUCAACGUUAUGGCCAGUACUUAUAUGAUGACUUAAUUCUGUUCUUUCCUUCAAUCGAAAGUAAGUUGUUGAAUCCAAACAAAUUGUUGUUUGUUGUUAUCAAGUUGUGAUUUUUAUGAUUCAGUUUUCGUUUUGAGAAAAUGGGUUUUGUUACGAUUUUGUUUUUUUAGUUUUCUUGGAAUAAUUUGUAAUUUGGGAUUUUUUUUAGGAUUUGGUGGUGCGUUGGAUUUAGCUCUAGCUACUGAAUGUGGGGUUGAUUUCAAUGAGGCUGGUGUAGAAUUUAUGAUGCAUUGAAUGUUUUUAUCAUUUUAUUUUAUAAGAGUCUGUCAUUGACGAUUUGGCUUGAAAAAAAAAGAGAGCAGGUCCAGGCUUGAAAGCUCGCUGGAAUGAGUUUAUAUAAAGCAGAUAAUAGAAUUAUUUUGUUUAUCGA